AUGCCUCUCGCGAAGCUCCCUCGCGCCGCCGUGCGCUCCUUCGCGACCUCCAGUGCCCGUCUCGGUAGCUUGAGUGCGACUGCUCAGUCGAGAGCAGAGAAGAUUUCGCAGGAUAAGACGCAGACAUACAUUGACGUCUGCGAUCCGGCGACACAAACGGUCUUGACGAAAGUGCUGGAGACCACUUCGUCGGAGUUCGAGCAAGCCGUGGAGGCUGCGGGACAAGCUUUCAAGACCUGGAGUCGUACCAGUGUUCUCACUCGUCAGCGUUUUGUCACGGAUUUGCAGCAUCAGCUUCGGCAGAAUAACGAAGCCAUUGCGAAUAGCAUUGUCCUGGAGCAGGGCAAGACGUACGCAGAUGCACAGGGCGAUUUGCUUCGCGGUCUACAGGUCGUGGAGACCGCAUGCAAUAUACCAACAGCGCUUCUAGGAGACACGAGUGAAGUAUCCAAGGACAUGGACACGUAUGUGCGCCGUCUUCCCUUGGGCGUGUGCGCGAGCAUCGCGCCUUUCAACUUCCCUGCUAUGAUUCCCUUGUGGACAAUUCCUGUCGCGCUCGCGACAGGGAACACACUGGUCCUCAAGCCAUCAGAGCGCGAUCCGGGCGCUGCGAUGAUGAUUGCGGAGCUUUGCCAGAGGGCUGGCCUUCCUGCCGGAGUUUUGAACGUGGUUCAUGGCACGGUACCGACUGUGAACGCCAUUUGCGACCAUCCGAGCAUCAAGGCUGUCAGCUUUGUCGGCGGUGACAGGGCCGGGAAGCACAUUUAUGAACGUGGUCGUGCCACGGGCAAACGAGUGCAAGCCAACCUAGGAGCUAAGAACCAUGCUGUCCUCAUGCCCGACGCCAACAAAAACCACGCGUUGAACUCCAUCUUGGGAGCUGCGUUUGGAGCCGCGGGUCAGCGUUGCAUGGCUAUCUCGGUCGCUGUUUUGGUUGGAAAUGCACAAUCGUGGCUUCCUGAGCUCGUAGAGCGCGCCCAAAAACUGAAAGUCAUCAAGGCUUUGAGCAAGGGGCAGACCUGUAUUGGCCCUGUCAUCUCUCCGGCUGCUAAACAACCUGAAGAGGAGGGCGGGAUGAUUGUCCUCGAUGGUCGUGGCUAUGAUGUUCCCGGAUACCCAGACGGCAACUGGGUUGGUCCGACUAUAAUCGAGGCGAUCACUACGAUGCGCUGCUAUCGCGAGGAGAUAUUUGGCCCGGUGUUGAUUGUCAUCAGAGCCGACACUCUUGAUGACGCACUUGCGAUCGUGAACGAGAACAAGUACGGCAACGGCACGGCUAUCUUCACGCAGUCUGGUGCGACCGCGCGCAAGUAUGAGCGCGAGGUUGAGGUAGGCCAGGUCGGCAUUAACGUGCCCAUCCCUGUGCCCCUUCCUAUGUUCUCUUGGAGCGGCAACAAGGCUAGCUUCCUUGGAGACGUACCGUUCUACGGCAGAGGUGGAAUCGACUUCUACACGCAGAACAAGACGACGACUGCACUUUGGAAGGCCGAGGACGCUAUCGGCAACAAGGCCUCAGUCGACAUGCCUACCCACCAUUAG